GUUCUGUCUCCGGAAUACUUGAACGUGUACAUAAAGAAGGCGCACCUUGUUAUUCGAAUGUUGGAGUUGCGAUUCGGUCAGCCCGUGCUCCUGCAGGUCUUUAACAAGCUCUUCGUCCUGGCACAUCUCUCCUCGCCAGCGCAGGAGACAACCGGUGCUGGUGGAGACGGUGGCGGCGGCAGCGUCAGCUGUAGUAUAAAGGAUGCAAAAUCCGCCCUCUCCGUGUCCACCGGAGAGGCACAGCCAGCACAGCACCCAGCCGUCCCCCCUUGUCUCAGCGACGAGAACCAAUCUAACCUGUUACUGUCAACGGACUCCUUCCGUCGCAUCAUCUCCACUGUCACAGGCCAGGACAUUAAGAACUUCCUCGACUUGUGGGUCUACAAG